AUGGCUGACGAUGGCGAUAAUCCUAACGGAGAGAUCAAUGAAUACGGAUUUAUUAGUUGUGUUACUUCCGAGAUGGACAGGGAUUAUCAGGAAUAUAAGUGGGAGUUCACUGAAAAACCUGGACAAAUAAGCACGACUACAACGACCACAACCAUCACUACUAUUACUACUAAUGUAUCACAACCUACAACUGAGACACCGAGGUUCUUCUAUAUUUUAUAA